UAUAUUAUUAACUUAUAUAUUAUUAAUUUACAGCGCUAUGAAUACGAGACUCGCCAACUUGGAGAAAACUGCCAGUGACAUCAAACAAGGCAUCAAGAGCGUGGAGCAAGUAGCUCGAUCGAUGCACGAGAUAUUGGCUAAUAUUACCAGGAAUAAUAACAGAAGGGCAACAACGCGACCUGCCUCCCUUCCUUUCAAGUCAACCGCUGACCUCGUAGCCUUUGACGAUUGCAGUGAAGAGAAAUUUCGACACCUUGUUGACUACCUCGACUACAUAAAAGGGUUGAAUCCAACGGAUACAGCAGCUAAAUUCAUCAAGAACUGCUUUAUUAUCGACGAGGACCUCUUCAGGAAUUUGACAUGGCACGGCUCCAAAACGAACGACCAUCUGAUGGCUUUGAAGAGCACAAAGUUCGCGAAAGCUUGCGCAGAAGCUAUGCCGUUAAACCCGAUCACGCUGAAGAAGCCGACAGAGGAUCAGUUUUCCGUGGCCAUGACAAAGGCCCUGAAAAGUGCUAAGGAGGGUUAUAGAAGGAAGAGAAAACAGCCAACCUUCAAUGAGGAUAUCAUCGCGUUGCAACCACAACCUCGAAGGCCCUGCCAGCAACAGUGGCAGCAACGCAACGACCAACUGGAGAGGAACGACAACGUAGCUCCCAUCGAGGACAACGGUGACAACGGCGGCGACUACGGCGGCUACGGCGGUCAGAACGACGACGGCAACUACGGAAACCAGGACCACGACGACGUUUUGGAAGGUCAUCAGGACGUGGACUACAACGGAGGAGGCCAGGGCCACGGCAACUACAGAGGCCAGAACGAGGACAUCUUCGAAGGUCAGGACAACGGUGACAACGGCGUCGUCUACGUCGAUCAGGACGACGACGGCGGCUACGGCGGUCAGGACGACGACGGCGGCUACGGCGGUCAGAACGACGACGAAAAAUACGCAGACCAGGACCACGACGACGUUUUGGAAGUCCAGGACGUGUACUACGGAGGAGAAGGCCAGGACCACAACAACUACAGAGGCCAGGACGACCGCGGAGAGUACCAAGAGGACGAGACGCAAGACAUGUUUGCAGAUUAAUGAGUUUUUCUUAUUUACAUUACUAUGCAUUUAAUUUAAUAUUUUUUCAGGUUGAACGCUCGUUCACAUUUUUUACAAAUUUUUCUUUUUUUACAUUUAACUUUUUUUAUAUUUCAUAUUUAAUGUAGUCUUAAAAAAUGUUAACGAGCGUUGGAGGGGCUGAUUGCUGUGGUUGAGCCUCACACGAGAGGGGCGAGGACAGGGGCCCCUCUCACUCACUCUAAAAAAUAAUAUACAAAUCACGACAAAUGGAAUUUUAUUUUUUCAGGUCCCUCUUCUAAAUCAUCGACAAGGCAAGGAUACGAGGUCCCUUACACAUGGAAAAUAUUGAAAUAAGAUAAGUAUAAUCGCAUCAAUUUAUAUUUUUAUCUUGUUAUAAAUGUUUCUUUUUGAAAAUUUUUCUCGUUUCAGGAGUAGCAAGGACAACGGCAGAAUCAAUAAGACGAAUAACAUCAGGCAAUCACCCUUAUAAUUGUACAUACACCUGCAACUACUACCUUAGUGCUUCAAGGAUCAUCAGAGGAGAGGAAACCGUAUUCUCGGUUCAAUUAUCCUUGGAACACUGUUCUUCAUUUUCAGGUACAGCUUCUGGACUUUUUGAGCAACAGACAGCGGUAGAGAGGUACUACCGAUUUCUGGAUAGAUAUGAAUUGGAAUACACUCAGAGAGCUUCAACACAAAAUUUUAAGUCUGUACGAUACAUCAGUUUUAAAAAAUGUUGAAAAAAAUGAAUUUAUCAAACCUGAUUCAUUCAACAGACUGGAAAUUAUGAACCAAAGGACUAUAGGCAGCAGGAUUAUGAGCAAGCAAUUAACAGGAAGAAAAAAUUCAAAUACGUGUUUUGAUAUAUAAUUAUUGUAAUUAUUAUGUAUUACAUUUAUUAAUAUGUAUAU